CAAUAGCGGCUAGCAAGUGUAUACCUAACAGAUUUAGUUUGUCAACUAUUUAUACGCAGUAAAUAAGGAAAAAUAAAGACAAAAACGUUUAUUAAACAAGCAUAUAAUUCUUACAGCAGCUGUUGCACGCUCUGACCAAAAGAUCAAAACAAAUACCACGUGCAGCAAAUAUUUGCAAUCAAAGCGAAUUCCCUCAUUUUUUAUUUUCAAUUGUAAUAACACAAACGCCUUAGGAUGGGUAUGGUACAGAAGCGCAAGAAGAUGCACUAUGGUGACACACAUCUACAGCGUCGUUGGCGUGUGCGCAACCGGCGUAGAGACCUUGACCAGAUUGACGACGAUAUGCGCACACGCAGCGGCGAGCUGAUUAACCAGAACGUUGACUUAGAUAAACCGGGCUUUGCACAGUUCUACUGCGUCCACUGCGCCAAGUACUUCAUCGACGACAGAUCCAUGCAGGCGCACUUUCGCACCAAGGUGCACAAGCGACGUCUCAAGGCACUCGAAACGGAGCCAUACAGCAUCGAGGAGUCGGAACGGGCGGCUGGCCGCGGCAGCUUCAAACAGCCAAAAAAGCGCGUCAUUGAGACACAACCCAGCAAGGAUGAAGCUAGGGCUGGCAAACGCAUCAAAGUGGAGGAGAAGCCCGAAGACAGCAAUGCCAUGGAAGAGGAAGCGCCCACAACGUCCACAAAGGUGACGCGAAAGAGAACCAAGAAAAUGGAGACCUGAACCAAUGGGAAAUCAUGGAGACACUUAAGGAUCUACUAGUUCGAUAGAUAAAUACCUAAUUAUUUUUUUUCUUUACAAAAUGUAUGUAAAAUAUAAUUAACGAAUGUUAAAUUCCUUUAUAGUUUUCUCUAUUACUUUUAAACAAGGAGAUUAGUGCAGGCAUUAAACCAGGACUACAAAUCACCAAAGCACAUAUUGGCCUGUCCAACUUCCUUUAUGUUAUGCAUAUUGAAACAGGAACUAAGGCAGGGCUUUAAUUAUAAGUGUAGUUCGUCGUCGGAUUCGGGCUUAACUUUCCAAGCUAAUAUUUUCCAUUACGUUUAAAUAAAGCACAAAUUGUU